UUUGUGUCAUUAAAUACCGUGUUAUAAUAUAACGGGGUUUUUGCAUAUACAAUUUUCAAAGCAUCUUUUCAUAUCUCUAAUAGCUGUUCCCAUGGCACUAUAUGCAGAUAGAGGAUCAACUUCUCUCUUCCCAAGGUCGCCUGCUAUGUUUUUACAGUAACCCAAUACACAGUGCGUAUUGUACCACCGUGCUGUGAGGAAUACAUGUUCAAAUUGUAAAAUCGUUCUUGAAACGCACGUGUCAUAAUAACAUAUACAACAGUGUAGAGGCAACUGCAGGAGUGACGUAUUAUGUGAAGAAACAGAGAGUGAUGAAGCGUAGCCUCAGAUAAGAAAUUGUACAAAAUAGAUGAUCCGUUAUGACUUUAGUCAAAACAGUUUGUUCUGAAGCUGGCGGUCAGUCACGCACAAAAUUCAAGACAUUGAUCAGUAAAACCGAAAACAUGAUCCGCUUAGCGGCAUUUAAGCUGGGAAACAGAAAAACAAUCAUUGACGGUAAGAGAACAUUGCUGACCAAACCCACAGAAGAAAAUAGUACAUGUAACCAAACAAUAAAUGUUCCUGGAUUUGCAGAUGUAGUAGUGAUAGGUGGAGGUAGUGCAGGUUGCAAUGCUCUUUACCACUUGGCAAAAUAUGGAGUCAGCGCAAUACUUUUGGAACGAGCCAAAUUAACAGCUGGAACAACAUGGCAUACUGCAGGUUUGAUUUGGCGACUGAGACCAAACGAUGUGGAAAUGCAAUUAUUGCACACCACAAGAGAAUUGCUAAUGCGUUUAGAAGCAGAAACCGGAUUAAACCCUGGAUGGAUUAAUAAUGGCGGGCUGUAUAUUGCUAAUUCUGAUAUAAGAAUGGAUGAGUAUAAGAGAUUGGCAACAGCAGGAAAAGCUUUUGGUAUAGAUUCACAUCUAGUGUCUCCGGGAGAGGCACGUCAGAUUUUUCCCCUCUUAAACGAGCAAGCAUUUUAUGGGGCGCUAUACACUCCAGGAGAUGGUGUGGUCGACCCUGCGAUGCUGUGCAAUGCAUUAACAAAAUAUGCCAAGGAACACGGUGCCAAGGUAGUACAAGAUUGUCCGGUAACUAGAAUACUGAAAAAAGAAACACAAUUAGGCUCCUCGCAAAUUGUCGGUGUGGAAACACCAUAUGGUAUUAUAAAAACGAACUGCGUACUGAAUGCUGCAGGAGUUUGGUCAAGAAGCAUAUCUAAAAUGGCUGGCCUCCAGAUACCUUUAAUUCCAAUGAAACACGCUUAUGUUGUUAGCGAACCUAUUGAGGGUGUACAGAAUUGUCCAAAUAUAAGGGAUCACGAUAGAAACAUGUACUUUAGAAUACAAGGCUCAUCUCUAUGCAUGGGAGGCUAUGAGCCAAACCCUAUUAUUUUGCAAUCCGUUCCAAACGAUUUCAACUUCGGAUUGUACGAGUUAGACUGGAAUGUAUUUAGCACACACAUUGAUGGAGCUACGGAACUAGUUCCUCAAUUUUCAACGGCAGGCAUAAGGAGUACUGUAUGUGGACCUGAGAGUUUCACUCCAGACCACAAACCCAUUUUAGGAGAGGAUCCCAGAUGUAUGGGAUUUUUCCACAGCUGUGGUUACAACAGUGCUGGAAUGAUGCUGGGAGGUGGUUGUGGGGAUCAAAUAGCAAAGUGGAUAAUUCAUGGACGACCAGAUAAACACAUGUACAGCUAUGAUAUUAGAAGAUUUACGCCAGAGCAAACAAGUGAUUCUCUUUGGGCAAAUGAGAGGUCUCAUGAAGCAUAUGCAAAAAAUUAUAGUAUAGUUUUUCCCCAUGAUGAAUAUCUGAGUGGACGAAAUAUGAAUAAAGAUCCAUUUCAUGAGGUUCUAUUAAAAGAAGGUGCAGUCAUGGAAGAACGGCAAGGAUGGGAAAGACCAGGGUGGUUUCUCUCUGAAGGGACCGUGCAAAUUCCACCAUAUGAUUAUUAUGGAAGUUAUGGUUCACCGAAGAAUGAGAAUGAUAAAUAUAGCAAGUUGCUUCAACAAGAUUAUACAUUCAAUUUUCCAGAACACCAUCGAAUUAUCAGAGACGAAGCUCUGGCAUGUAGAAACAAUGCGGUAUUGUUUAAUCUGUCAUAUUUCGGAAAAUUCUACCUUUGUGGACCAGAAGCUGAGAAGGCUGUUGAUUAUCUAUUUACAGCUAACACUAAUCGUGAAGUAAACAAGACUACCUAUACUUGUAUGCUUAACAAACACGGUGGUGUCGAAGCAGACUGUACUGUUACAUGUAUAGAAGGUGGAACUGGAACUGUAGUGGAUCCAAUUCUUAAAGGAAAAGGAUUUCUUAUCGUGGCUGGUGGUAUGUCUGGAUAUCAAACAUGGGUGCACAUGAAUCAAGUGGUAAAAAAGAAAGGGUUUGAGGUCACUUUGCACGAUGCUACAAAACAAAUUGGUGUUCUCGCUAUACAGGGGAAAAAGAGUCGCAAAAUAUUGGAAAGUAUUGUGGAUGAGGAUAUAUCAGAUACAGCUUUUCCAUUCUCGACCUCAAAGCUUUUAAAAAUCAAGGGAAAUUCAGUGCGUGUAAUAAGGCUAAGUUUCGUAGGAGAGCUUGGGUUUGAGUUACACAUCCCAUUGCCGGUAUGCACGGAAGUUUAUCACGCAGUAAUGGAAGCUGGAAAAGCUUAUAAAAUGAAAUUAGCUGGGUACAGAGCACUAUACAGUCUCAGUAGUGAAAAAGGCUAUCACUUAUGGCACUCAGAUCUCAGGAUGGAUGACAAUCCCAUUGAAGCAGGUCUAGGCUUUGUCUGUCGGAAAUCUGGAGACUACCUUGGGAAGAGGAAAAUAGAUUAUGUUAGAAAAAAUGGAGUAAAGAGGAAAAUGGCAUAUUUUCUCAUAGACGAGCAAAUUCCUUUGUGGGGUUUGGAAGCAAUUUACAGAAAUGGCAGAAAUGUUGGAUACUUAAGGAGAGGCGAAUAUGCUUUUGCACUUGAAAACAGUAUUGGACAAGGAUAUGUAACACAUCCUGAAGGCGAGAACGUAACGAAACAUUACUUGGAAUCUGGAAACUACGAAAUUGAAAUUAUGGGAUACAAGUAUCCAGCCAAACUACAUAUACACAGUCCGUUCGAUCCAGAAAAUAAAAGACUAUAUGAUAUAUAUGAUUAAAAUACAUAAAAAUUAUUCUUUCGUAAUUAUUCAUUACAAUUUUAGCCUUGACUGAGAACUGAUGUAAUUAAAUUAUUUUCCACUGUUUCACACAAAAUCAACUAAAUUACACCAAAAGAUAAGCUCAGCAUUAAAUCCAUCUGUAGCAAAAAUGUAAAACCGUACAUGCUAUUACUGUGUAAUACAGACAGCAUGUGGAAGUUGGCAGGCUGUGAAUUAACGUGAAUGCAUAGUAGUUACAGGAAAAGAGCAAGAAAAGUGGUGAUGAAUUGUGAUCAAAUUUAUGAGAACAGCAGUUGUCUGAAUUAGUUUUUAACACAUUUUUAUUCAAAAUUAUUUUAAACACAUUUACUCAAAUAAAUAUUUUGAAAAAAAAGUAUCAUUCAACAAUUAUCAAAGCCACGAAGCUUCGUGCACC